AACCCAAGAAAAAGCCCAAAUCCGACUUUGCUCCGACAAGUCGGAGUCGGAGCGGAUGAUGAACAUGUCGGAGUUGGAAUCGGAGGUUGGAUUCGACCUCUGACAAAGUCAAAGUCAAAGGAUGGCCAUACCAACUCCGACUUGGUCAGUGCUCAGCCCUAGUUAGCUUCCUUACCCUCUUCCCCCAGCCCUCAAUCCCCACUUCCCUCUGAUAUGCGCAUCUCCGUCGCUCCUUUCUCCCACUCACAAAGGUCGCCGCAACCAAUCGCACCAAGUAGCUACCGCCGUACUCGACCAUACCGCCGUUGCGACCAGUGGAGGACAACGAGGCCAGCCAUGCCGCCUUACGACACCAAACUGCCUGCUGCAUGCAGCACCACCACCUAGCCCCAUCGUCACCGCCGUGCUGGUUAUGAUACUGCUAUUGUUCGGGUUCAAGGUGUAAUUGGAUUGGUUUUGUACACUGCAAAAGUUAGGUUGUGUUGGUAAUUUCCACCCAGGAGUUCGAUAAAAUUCCCAAGAAAGAACAGAAAGCAAAACAAACAAAACCAUGGGCAAGCGAGAAGGGACUAAGAAAGGACCAGGUCUUCCACUGGGGUUUCACAAUUCGAUCUCACUUAGAGAAGAAGUCAAUGGGAGAAAGCAAGUCAAAGGUGGUUCCUACAAUUCCAGGUCCAUGCUAAAACUUGAUCAAUUGCAGAAGCUAGCGGCAUGGACCAGUGGACAGGCUGCUAUUCCUUCUCUAGGUGCUUUUUUCGGGCAUCGCUUGGCUACUGUGAGAGAGGCCAUGGGUGUACUGCCUGAUCCUUCACUGUUUUCUUGUGAGAGAUGUGAAACAAUUCUUCAGCCCGGCUUUAACUGCACUGUUCGAAUUGAAAAGAAUAAGGCAAAGGCAAAGCGCAGACGCAAGAAAACUAAUAAUUUCAUGCAGAACAAUGUAGUGUACAAAUGUCUCUUCUGUUCACAUUGUAAUAUGAGGAGAGGGACCCCAAAAGGAUAUAUGAAAGAGAUAUGUCCCUCAAAGGCCAAAGCAUCGUCAAAAUCAGAACCUGCAAAAUCCAGGCCUCAGAAACGUGCUAGCUUGGAGAAGGGCACCAGAAGCAAAGAUGGUAUCAAUAAAACCAAUGAGGUAGCUUCACCAGCAUAUCCCAAGGAGGUUCCAACCACAGAUAGUCCCAUAACUCCGUUGGCGAGAACUGCUACAGCUUCACCAGCAUAUCCCAGGGAAGUUCCUACUACAGAUAGUCCCAUAACUCCAUUGGCGAGAACUGCUACUACUUUGUUGGAAGCAAAGAGGAGAAAGAGAAACCUAUCGAUGCCCAAGAAACCGGCUGGACCCGAAAACAAUUUUCCCCCCACAGAUGCAGAAAAAACUGUGAGCACAUCAAAUAAAAGAAGGCGAAAGUCAUGGACUAGUCUGAAGGAAAUUGCUGAGGCAUCGGAGCAUGAUAGCAGCCGAAAAUUUACUAAUUUGACAAUCCCUUUCUGUAUUUAGGCUAGGGAUACCAAGGGUUAUCAAAAGGUGUGAUUUUGUUAUACUUCAGUAGAUGAAUGCUCCCUUUAGGAAACUGUGUAAGGGAGAUAAAGGGAUGCGCACAUUGUAAAUUUGUAAUUUAGGGAUGUUCUAUCAUUCUGUA